ACGGUGUGUACCAAGUCCAAGUGCAAGUAACUAAAAGACGAUAUUGUUUUUGAAAGUAGUACAAUUAAUUAUUGUAAAAAUGCUUUUUCAAUUCUAUACAAAUUUGUAAUAUCUAAGUAGAUGAGACUGUUACGUUAAAAAGUAACAGUACGUUGAGCACUUAGCAGACAAUAUCAAGGCAAAUCAGAAAUCAAAACAUUAUUGUGUACAUACAUUCUGUGAAUUGUUUAUAAGUUUAAAGGCCAAAAUGACGGAGAACAAAACCCAAAUAAUGCCUGUAAAUGCGCUCUUAGAUAAGUCUAAAGAGCUUCAAAAGGAGAUACUCAUGGAAAAACUACGAUCUAAAACAUCACAAAACAAAAAUCUAACUGAAACAUCAAAAGCAGUCCGUAUGGCUUUACUGGAUAAACGAUGGGCUGUGGAUAGUGCAGAUCGUGCAAUUUUACAAAAAUGCUUAGAUAGCUUGCAGCAUUGUAUCAAAGUCAGCUCGCUGCAAAGUCUUAUUGAACGACUUGAAUGUUUAUCAAGACAACUUGGAUUAAAGUUUGUUGUUGGAACAUCAGGUGUAAAUCUAUUCAUAUCUUCAGAUAUGUUUUACUUGGAAAUACUUGUGGAAUCAUCAGGCUCUGUUAAGGAUGUUAAAAUACAUCAUGAGGGAAAGAUUGAACAACAGAGUUGUGAAGAAUUAGUUCAGUGUAUAUCAAGGGGAGACUUUGCUGACUUUAUGGCUCAGCUUCAUGGACUUGUUGCAGUCUACCAGCUUAAUGCUGAGAAAAAGGUAAAAUGCAAGGCGUUUAGUGCACUCCAAAGCCUAGAAGAAGAUCUAUGUACGAUGAGACAGCUUCAGAGCUUUAUAAAAGAUCCAUGGACACAAGUACACAAGAGCCCUAUUGGUUUUCUGCAAAGGCGAAGAGGGGGUCAUGCGAUGCGUCUAACGUACUUCGUAUCACCGUAUGAUCUAUUGGAGACUGAUAAAGGCCUGCUGCAGCUCACUGCCAAGAUGCUCACGGAAGGUAAACCGACGGCCAGCAGCCUGUCUUCUCCGGCCAACGUCCAACACACGCCCAUCGGCCAGUCGGCCACGGUUCUUUUGGAAGGCUCUACGGCUAACCAGUUGCAGUUGUCAACCAUUAUAUCCAACAGUCAGAGAGCAGGAAAGAGCGGAGGUCCGGUAUACGCGCCGCUGGUACCCCAGAAUAGCGCCAUGCUCCCAGCUUGCUUCACGCUCAAACUGUCGGAGCCCACGCCCCUCUGUGCCGGACUCGCAAAACUCAUCCACGCCACCACAGAGGUGGAGAUAUCAGCCGAUUGGGCCAACGCUAAACCGAUGCUGGGAAUCAUCGCACAGCAGAAGUACGAUACAUUUGUUCCGGGGAAAACGGUCGAGCUCGAUCUGAGAAAAGGACUUUUUGUGAAGUUGUUAGAGCAAUGGCACUGCUACUUCCUCUGUGAGCGACGGGGACUCAACGGCUGUAUCGUGAACAGCGUCCCGUUCACACACCCGUCCCACGUGCCGCACCUAUUGGCAGCUCUACGUCAGCAAGCGCUCUUCAACACUCUGAUUACGUCCUGCGUGCGAACACAAACAAAACAAGCGGUUGACGUAGAGAGCGUGCUCAUGUUCGAAGUGAGCGCUCUUUCUUGGCAACAUAUCUCUAUCACCCUGGAGCAUCCGCUUGACGAGACAAUGGCGACUGUAGAAGUGGAACUGAGCGACCCGGCAGCUCCCAGGGCGACCGUUUACACCCUCAAUAACCCUGCCAGAGAGCACAUGGACGAUUACAUCAGCAAAGUGCUACAAAAAAGCUACUCUAUUCCGAUUACUUUAAGGGCGCUCGUGAAGAAGUGGGAGAGUGAGGCGAACGCGAAACAAAUUAACGGCGGCUACUCCGGACUCGAUUCAAAUUUUAACUGCGGCUUGGGCGGGCUUGACCCGGGCGGCGACCGCGUCGACCGCGCCAAACACGAGCCGGCCUCGCACGCACGGACGAUCUAUCACUCCUCCGUGUCGCACCACCAGGGGGGAUCCUAUUUAUCGGAUCAACAACACCACGUAGCACUCCUUUGUCAAGAUUCGAACUCAAGCGAAGCAAAAUCGCAUCAAAUGGAUGAUAGAAAGAUAAAAAAACGCAAAUCUGACGGUGGCUGGCCAUCACAGAAGAAAGGAAAACCCGGAAUUGGAGUAGGAGACUCCGACAGUGAAAGUGACAACUCGGAGUAUGUUAACGAAGAUGACAACACUAUGAAUAGUAACUCCUCGAAUGACUUCAUUGAAGGACAGGAGUCUUCUGUCUCGCAAAAUGAGUUCGCUUCAGACCUAGAAAUCUCUGGAAUAGAUUCGGUGGAUGUGGCAGGACAUGAUAAUAGAAAUUCUGACUUGGACAAUUCUAACGAUGGUGAUGUCGAGGAUUUGAUCAGGAAUCCUUUUCAUAAGUCCGAGCACAAAAGGCAAAAGCUUAAAAAUAAAGAAGCAGAAACGCGCAGGAGUACAUCCUCGCUGCUUUUAGAUCUAACUGAUGGUAAGUCUUACAUGCCCUCAUCAGUGAGCAUCACUCCAAUAACGUCGAACUCUACGAACCCAUCUAGUUCAGGAUCGGGAUCAAAUUUAUCAUCAAUACCGUACCUCGAGCGCAGAUCAGGUAUUGAGAUAAUACCCAUUACAGCAGCACCUACGUUGCCAAGUUCCAUCACCAUAACACCUAUAACGACAUCACAAAUGAAGUCCAUGGAUGAACGGAUGAGAUCAGAAAAGAAAUCUAGUAGGUCUGGUGAAGAGCGCAGUAAGGAUAAAAAGAAGAAACGACGCAAAGACGAUCCCAUGGGACCUCCUGAGAAAGUCCCUUUAAAACAAGACCCAUUGACUAAGCCUGUUUCUGUCAGCAUAAAACCAACAGAUGGUUCCCCAAUGCGUUCAACGUCCCCAAACUCAAUUUUAAGAAAAUUUAGCCCAAGUCCUACUCAUGGGCGGUCAGUCUCAAUAACGAAAUCGCCCAGUCCAAAUCCGUUGAAAGGUUUGGGAAAGUCUUCUGGGACUUCGAGUCACCACAGUAGCCCUAGACAUUCGCCGGUACAAAGCAGCCCAAAACAUUUACCCGGGUAUUCCAGUCCAAAAAACCACAGUAUUUCUUCUCCUAAACAUAGUUCGUCUGGUUCGGGUAAACCAAGCAUGUCCACAUUAAAAUCAGCUACUGGUGGAUCCCCUUCCGGGAAAUCUGGGACUACGGGAUAUGAUCUAUCAAAAAAGAUUUCUAAGGAUUGUUUUAGUUCAACUUCGGCAACAUCUAGAGAUAAAGAUAAGAAACAUUCCGGUCUAUCAUUCUCUAGUUCCGGUAGGAGCAGUCCAAAAUUAAAAAACCCAAUGAAAAUUAAACAGUUAGAAAUCACUCCAGUGUCGUGCGAUAGUCCUGUCACGGAACCGUUGAUAUCUCCUCCCAACAUUGAGAUUAAUAAAUCUAAUGCCCCAAGCCAGGCCAGGAACCGAAAGGGUUCGCUCAGUGCCGUUAUUGAUAAGUUGAAAUCUGCCCAACAUUGUGGCUCCGAUGUAGAUGUUGCGAGUGCCAAACUUAGCCCUUCAAGUAGCGCUAGUAAGUUCAAUGAUUUAAAAAGCAGUCCUGUGAGUAGUAAUAUGAAAGUACCUGAUACUAAAAACCAAGAAUAUAUGGUAAAGCCUAGCUUAGACGGUAUGAAAAUAACGAUAAACAAAACUAGAACAAAGGAGUCUUCGAGUGGUAGUUCAAAACUAAACUAUUCAGGAUCUAGUAAACAAUCAUCUCCCCAGCUAACUCCUCCUAGUCAAGGUUCUCCGAAAACACACACAGGUUUAAAGCCAGGUGUAAGUAGUGGACCUGCUUCCAAGAAAACUCAAGCAAUGCAAUCAUCAAAAUCCAAUUCCUUAACAGUUGGUUCGACUCCACCUAAAUCAAACCCUACUCCGUCUGAAUCUAGUUCUAAUACAACAUUGAAAGUGCCUUAUUCGAAAUCAUCCAGCAGUACUACGGGAAUAAAUUUAUCAAAGUCAGCUUCUAAGUCAAGUUCGGGUUCGCCAAAAAGUAGUAGCUCCGACCUUGCGAAAAUAAUUAGAGAUAGGGAAAGAGAAAAGGCUAGAACAAAGCUCAUGAAUAGUUCGGAAAAAUCUUUUUUUUCCUCAAAGUCUGAACGGCAUUCUAGUCCAAGUAGCUCAAGAGAUGACGUCGACGGAGAUAGAUUCAAAAGUGCUAAGGAAGCAAAUUUUUUAGUAGAAGGUUUGAUUAAACCGCUAGAUACAAGUAAAUUUCAAAUACCGAAAUUAAAAAACCAAAAUGCACUUGACAAAAACAAUCCUCUAUCGCAAUACGAUAGUCGAUCUAUGGUGAACGAUUUCUCUAGAACGAUGGACCAAUCAAAGUAUCCCUUUUCACACUUUGACCAGUCAAGUAGAAGUUCGGAUCAACUGCAAAAAUCUGGUUAUCCAUUAAAUGUUCCGAAGCCGUUGUUAAAUAUGGGAGGCGUAAGUCCAAAAACUAUGUCGAUUAAAACAGAACCAUCCGAUUAUUCCAAAGCUAUGUCAGAAAGUUUAGUGAAAGGCGAGAAUCCACAACGAAAGGAGGACUUAAAAGAUUCCUACCCAACAUCUUAUCCUUUACUUCCACUGGAUUUUAAAACUGAUAUGGCUAAAGGAUUUCCUGCGCCCAAGGGAAUUAAUGAGGAAAGAAAAGGUGCUGAUGCAGUCAUGAAGCCUCCAGUUAGUGGAUCUGUACCCAGAAGUGGUGCUACAACCCCUCAAGAGGCUGCCGAAAUGCUCCUAGACUUUUCGUCAUCUUCAGGAAGUAAAGUCUCUGGAAUGGUUGCAGUUCGGCCCGUCUACCCGGCUUCCCCAGCACUUUUGCAAUUAUCAAAGAGUCCGGCGCCUUCUCCUUUAGUAGUACCAUCGCCCCAUUCAAACUCUCCGUGCAUAACUGAUGAUGAACUAAUGGAUGAAGCACUAGUUGGUCCUGGGAAAUGAAUGAAGAUCUAAUUUCAAAGCACACUUGCGUCACCGACUUAAGACAAUUCGCUAAAGACUUAGUUAAGACCAGAUAAAUUUUGUACAAACGAUUUAACUACUAAUAUGGUAUUAAAAUUCUAUGACCGUUUUGGUUAUAACUGUAUUGCAAGUUUAUAUUAAGUGUACUUUCCUUAUGAAUUCUAUUAAAGUAGGUAAGUUAAGUUUAUUUAUUAUAAGAUGGUGUAUUUUAAUUUUGUAUUAUAUCGAAAAUCUUAUUUAUAUAUUUUGUAUUUAAAAAUCAUUAUAUUAGUAUCGCUUAGUUGUUUAUUACUCUGAUGUUAAAGAUUCGAUGCCCGUGAUUCCAUAUAUUACACAUCGAUAUUGAUUCCUAGUAGAACGAAAAUGUGUGUUUAUCAUUAAGUGGCAUUGUCUGCCGUCAAAUCUGCCAUUAUAAUAAAAUGGUUAUUUAUGAACGCGAGUAUCACAUUCACGCGUGUAAAUAAAAUUGUUUUCUAAGCGAUGUAAAUAAAGCACGACACUACAAAAUCAUAAAAGGAGAAUUUGGUAAGUUUUUAUUUAUAUUUACAGAUUGAUAACUAUAAAAAUAAUAGUCUUAAAUUAAAGAUAUUGAAACGUACAUUUGACGAAAACGUACAAAGAAUUGUACAUUUAUGUGGCAACAAGACCAAUUUCUGUUAAUAAUAUUAUGUACAUACAUACAUAUAUAAUAUAUCCUAAUGCAAAUAUGAUAUUUGUAAAUACAAAUUUAAGUGGAAUGGUUCACGAGUAAAACGAGUAUUUCAUAUUAUUGUAAUGCUGACUGCACUUAAGGGUUUAUGAUUAAAUGUAAUUUAAAUAUA